AUGUCCGUUUUAGAAGAAUUUGAAUCCGUUUUAAAGGAAUUACCUACUUUAAAAGCACCAGGUGUUUCUGGAUCUCGUAUUAAGAAAUUAACUGAUCUCGCCGUUGAAAACGUAUCUCAAGAGUCACAAUUGAUCCAAAUCUUAUAUGCUAACUGUAAAGCCACUCCUUCAACUCAUAAGUUGGGAGUCUUGUAUGUUGUAGAUUCUAUCGUAAGAGUUUAUAUCGAAGAAGCUAAGAAAAUUAACCAAGAAAUCACUUCAAAUGCACCAGAUGGUACAUUUGCAGCUGGUAUUAACAAAAUUAGCGAAUUGAUCGAAUCUAUAAUCGAUAAUGCUAUGGAAUUGCUUAUCAACAAAACUCAACAAGUAAAAAUAGGUAAAUUAGUAGAUAUUUGGGAAAGAGCUGAGACUUUUAGUCCUCGUACUAUCUCAAACAUCAGAACAAAGUACUUUAAAUCAACAACACCUCCAGGUUCUCCUAGGGAUAAGCCUGCUGGUGUUGGUGCUCCUUCUGACAGCAACUCUGGAAAUAACGGUAGUAUCUUGCUGGCUUUAGCCUCUUUAGCGAAGACAGGUGCUGAUUCAGCUCCACCUUCUGAAGCCGCUCCUGCUGCAAACAACGCUACUAAUAUUUUAUCUCAAUUAACUGCAAUGGCAGGAAAUAACAAUCCUGUUCCAAACAGCUCUGUUCCUCCUCAAACUAACAUAAACCAACCUAAUGGUGCUAAUCCUCCUAAUGAACAAUAUAUUUUUAAUAUGUUACAACAAAUGCAGAAUGGAAAUGGAAAUGGGAACGGUAACGCUGGCCCACCUCCUCAACAAUCCUCUGUUCCUCAAAGACCACCACAAAUUGAUUAUGGUACCGGAAGACGUGGUAGAGAUGACAAUAAUGCUGGAGGCAUGACUAAUUAUUCCAGAAGAAAUAGAUCCAGAUCUCCUCCAAGAUUCGGAGGUCCUCAAAGAGAAAGAUCCCCAAGACAACAAUUUCAACAGCCGUAUGACCAGCAGCAGCAACAACAAAAUCAGUAUGGUAAUGGCCGUGGCCCUCAAUUUGGUGGAGCUCCUCCUCCUCCUCCAGGAGCUGGUGGAUUCCAAGCCUUUGGUGUUCUGCAACCUCAAGAAAUGAAUAUCCAAGGUACCGAUCAUUACCGUCCGAGAAAUGUUGGUUUUGAUCAAACAUUACCUCAAGGUUCUUUCAAAGUUUUGUCAAGAACUUUAUUCAUGGGAGGUGUCCCACGUUCUAUGGGUGAAAGGGAAUUGGCAUCUGUUCUUAGACCUUAUGCUGAAGUUCAAUCUAUUAUUUUGAAUAGUGAGAGAAAGCAUGCUUUUGUUAAAGUUUACUCAAGAAGAGAAGCUGAACAAGUUAUCACUUCAUUCAACAAAGAUAAUUCAUUGCCUUUGAGAACCAGAUGGGGGGUAGGCUUUGGACCAAGAGAUUGUUGUAAUUAUCAACAUGGUGUAUCAAUCAUUCCAAUCCAAAGAUUAACGGAUGCCGAUAGGACUUGGGUUGUCCAAGCACAAUGGGGUGGUACCGGUGGUCAACCAUUGCUGAGUGGUAUGGUAAUUGAUGAACCAGAUAUUGAAAUUGGAACUGGUAUUUCUUCGAAGGCCAUGUCUAAGAAGAUGCCUACUAAUUCAGCCAGAAAUGGACCAAAGUCCAAUAGACCUGGUGAACCAGAUGAAGAUUAUGUUAAGACCACUUUGAUCCCUCAACAAACAGCUUCCUCUAUGUCCCAUGGUACUACCCCAGACUUUGCAACCAUGACCCAAUCUUCAAUCAAUCCAUUAGCUGGAUUAUUUGCAAGUCAAGGUGGUGUACAAGCUGCUCCAGGAUUCCCAGGAGCUGGUCAGCAGCAACCUGACUUCCAUGGAAAUGGUGGAAAUGGUGGCGGAAACCAAAAUCCAAACUUAAGUAAUCAAAUGGCUUCAUUCUUCCAAAGACAAUAG